CCAAGAAUCGGGUCAAUUUGGCUACAUUCAAAUUGAUUUAUUUUGGAAUUUAUUCAAUUAUCUUGAGUGAAAAUUGUUUUUUUUUUCAUUCAACCAACAAAAUGGCUCAUUAUAAAGGUGCAGCAUCCGAAGGUGGUCGAGCACUUCAAUUACAAAAACAACGUGAAAAAGCUUUGGAAGAAUUGGAAUUACGAAAGAAAAAAAUUGAAGAUGAAUUGAAAUUAUCAAACAUCAGGAAUAAAUUCGCUGCACAUUAUGAUGCUAUCGAACAGCAGAUUAAAUCAUCGACAGUCGGUUUGGUCACACUGGGCGAGAUGCGUGCCAAACAAGAAGGUCUGGUUAAAGAACGAGAACGACAAUUGGCAUUGAAAAAAGAAUCGAUGAUUAAAAAAGAGAUUGAAUUACGGAAUGAGCAGAAAGAAAAACAAAAGAAACAAAUCAAAGCAUUAUCAUUCCGACUUGAUGAAGAUGAAGAAGAAGAAGAAGAAGAAGAAGUGCAGAAUGAUGAUGAUGAUGAUGAUGAAUCCGAAACCGAUAAAAACGAACCGAAAUCCAAUAUUAUCAAUGAUGAUUCGAAAUCAGAUUUAGAUUCAUCGGAUAGCAUUAGCCAAGACUCAUUCAACAAUCAUAAUGAUGAACCACAAAUGAAAAAACGUAAAAUGAUGAAAAACCCAGAUGUGGACACAAGUUUUUUGCCGGAUAGAGCACGUGAAGAAGAAGAAAAUCGUCUCCGAGAACAAUUGCGUCAAGAAUGGGCUGAAAAACAGGAAAAAUUAAAAAAUGAAGAAAUCGAAAUCACUUUCAGUUAUUGGGAUGGUUCCGGUCAUCGACGAUCAGUGAUGAUGAAAAAAGGCAAUACAAUGUAUCAAUUCUUACAGAAAGCCUUGGAAUUACUGCGUAAAGAAUUUCAUGAACUAAAAACAGUUACCACCGAUCAGCUGAUGUAUAUAAAAGAAGAUUUAAUCAUACCACAUCAUUAUAGUUUCUAUGAUUUCAUCGUGACUAAAGCACGUGGUAAAAGUGGACCAUUAUUUAGUUUUGACGUACAUGAAGAUGUACGGCUUGUGUCCGAUGCGACCGUUGAACGUGAUGAAUCACAUGCUGGUAAAGUAUUACUGCGUAGCUGGUAUGAACGUAAUAAACAUAUAUUUCCAGCCAGCCGUUGGGAACCAUAUGAUCCAAAUCGAAAUUAUGAUAAAUAUACUAUUGGUGAUCGUGUUAAUAAAAAAUAAAAUUUGAAUUUGAAUUUGAA